UCAAUAUAUUCCGUUUCCCCGGCCUGGCCGGCGUACUGACGGUGAAAUUAAGAUGAAAAGUUUACUGAUUAUUCUGUCAAGCAAUUAAAAUUUCUUUUUUUGCUUUUCUUGAAUUUUUAGGGUUUCGAUAUUUGAUCUCUCGUUCUCUCAUUUAAUAGUUACUAACGAAGACGGAUCGACAAACAGUGAUGAUCAGUGGACAAUUUGAUUUUUAUAUGCAACUUUUAGACCGAUUGGGAAUUUUGAAUCGGAGUCGCUAGGGCUUGUCUUCUGAUCUGGACGAGAAGUAGCUUUUCAUGGCGGAUCAGGAAGAAGAAGACCUGCAGAUGGCUUUGCGUAUGAGUCUUCAACCAUCGCUCCCUGAGGCAAAAAGGAGCAAACCUAGGGAGAAUGCCGGUACUACAAGUGUUUCUUCCAAUCCGGAGGAGUCCCCCGAGGCGAAGAAUCGAAAGUUGCAGCGGGAGCUUAUGGCUGCGGCGGCAGAGAAGAGGAUGAUGUUGGCAAAGAACGCUGCCACCGCAAAGGCAGAGAAGAGCGUAGUGGUUGCCGCGCCGGAGCCGAGCGAUCCCGUUUUAAAGGCGGAAAAGAUUGUUACUUCCGGCUUUGUAGGAGAAAAAUCCAAGAUGCUGUAUACGGGGGAGGAAGCAAAGAAUGGGAAUAUUGGGGAAGAACUAUUGCCUGCAGAAGCAGAACAAUUGUUUUCAAUGGUUUUUGGAGGUUGCGUUUCGAGGGAUAUUCUUGCUCAAUGGAGUAAUCAGGGUAUAAGGUUUAGCUCUGAUCCAGAAACAUCCAUGGGCCUUGUGCAACAUGAAGGUGGGCCUUGUGGCGUUUUAGCAACCAUUCAGGCCUUUGUCCUCAAAUACCUUUUGUUUUUCCCUGGUGAAGCAGGUAAAAGUGCAACCAACCUGAUGUCACAAGAUACGGGUGCAAGGAGAUUGUCUCAAAGUGAAUGUGUCACGUCGGGUAAUUUUGCUUCUCUAACUGAAGCUGUAAGGGCAAGAGCUUUGGUUCGAAGUAUGGUAGAAAUAUUAUUUUCAUGUGGAAGUAAGAAAAGAGCUAUUGUUGCAACUUUGAGUGUUUUCAGCCUGUAUGCCGAGGAAGGUUCUGAAGAUGGUCAAAAGGAUGAGACAAUUGCAAAAUCCCUGGAAGGUUUUCAGGUUGAAUCAGCUUCAGACUUGCAUAAAUUUUUAAGAGUAAAGACAUAUAAUUCAAAGAUGGAUGCUUUUCAUGGGAUUAAGUCAAUGCUUCCUGUUUUCCAAAGUCGUAUGGGAGCAAUACUGUUUCUCAUUUCUGCAUUACUUUCUCGAGGACUGGAGUCUGUUCAAGCAGACAGAGAUGACCCUAGCUUACCAUUAGUCACUGCACCGUUUGGUCAUGCUUCACAGGAAAUUGUAAACCUACUGCUUUGCGGGCAGGCUGUCCCUAAUGUGUUUGAUGGGAGGAUGGAUCUAGGAGGUGGCAUGUUUCUGAAGGGCAUACCUACAAGUGUAGAAGUUGGAUUUCUCACUCUUCUAGAGUCUCUCAAUUUCUGUAAGGUUGGGCAGAAUCUGAAAUGCCCAAAAUGGCCAAUAUGGGUAGUUGGAAGUGAAUCACAUUACACAGUCCUCUUUGCUCUUGAUACCAGUGUCCAAGAUGAGAAUGAACUUGAAGAGCGGGAAUCACAGAUCCGGAAAACAUUUGAUGCACAAGACCAAAGUGGAGGAGGAGGCUUCAUCAGUGUGGAAGGGUUUCAUCAAGUUCUCAGGGAAACAAGCAUCACUCUGCCACCUGAGAAGCUUAAUCACCUUUGCAGCACAGGCUUUAUAGUAUGGAGUGAAUUUUGGCAGGUUGUGCUGGAGUUGGACAAGAAUUCAGGAGGUCUGAAAGAUUCUACAGGAUUGAUGGGCAAGAAAGUUUUUGCUCUCUACCAUUUUAAUGGAAUUGCGAAGUCUGUACUGAAUGGAAGUCAAACAACAUCUGGAGGUGAGAGUCCACUACAGAGACCGAGACUCACCAAAUUAAAAGUUUCAGUGCCACCCAGGUGGACACCUGAGGAAUUUUUGGCGGAUGUUGUUGUCUCCCCUGGUCCAAGUGGGAAUGACAGUGGUAAAGAUACUGUUAUUGAAGUGAUUCAACCUGAUCCUCCACAGCAUGCGCCACUAGUGGAUUGCAUCAGAACUCGCUGGCCUCGUGCUGUUUGCAAUUGGGUUGGAGAUCCCCCUAGUAUAGUCUGACUGGUUGGAUAAUGAAGUUUUUAGUUGAAACACGAGUGCAUGAAUGACACCUUUCCGUAUAAGAUGUUCUGGUAACUGGUAAGCAUGCAAAGUCAGCCAAGGGGACCAAAAGUGCCAGCAGAUGGGGUCUUCCUUAAUUUGCAGUUGCAUGAUAACCAAUAAGAGAGAGCAUGAUUUGGCAAGCCCAGGGAGAUGCAUGUGCAAUACCAUAUCUACUGUGUAUUAUUGUAACCUUCACAUUGUAAUUCUCGUGUUAAUUAGGGAAAGGGAAGAAAUGAGCCCCCUAACCAGAUGUAUAAUAUUCUGUUUAAUUUUCCCUAUAUCAUUGUAACUAGAGAAGCCUUCUGUGAUUGUUAUGCUGUUAUACCAUGGCAUCUACAAGGAAUGAAUGAAUUGAAUUUGGACUUUCUUCUUU